UUUUUUUUUUUUUUUUUUUUUUUAAAAAAUAUUUGUAGAUCUUUAUAUUAAAUUAAUCAUGAGUGACAAUCCUUAUCUUGCUCAUUGGAAUGAAGACCAAAAUGCCAGGCAAAAUCCUUUUGAUGGGUUAAAGCCCAGAAAGACAACUGCCAAACAAGCCGAAAAACUUGAAAAUGGCACAGUCAAUCCUUUCACUAAUAAACCUUUCUCAGCCAAAUAUCAAAAGAUCUUGGAAAGUAGAAGAAAGCUUCCUGUACAUGCUCAGCGUCAAGAAUUUUUAGAUAUGGUUCACAAAAACCAGUUUGUUGUCCUUGUUGGUGAAACUGGUUCUGGUAAAACUACUCAAAUUCCUCAAUUCUUGGUUUAUGAUGAAUUACCUCAUCUUAAGGGCAAAAUGAUCGCUUGUACACAACCUCGUCGUGUUGCUGCCAUGUCUGUUGCUCAACGUGUGGCUGAUGAAAUGGAUGUUAAAUUAGGUCAAGAGGUCGGUUAUAGUAUUCGUUUUGAAGAUAAUACAAGCCCUAAUACCUUUUUGAAAUACAUGACUGAUGGUAUGCUUUUACGUGAAGCAAUGACAGAUCCUUUAAUGAGUAGAUACUCUGCAGUUAUUCUUGAUGAGGCUCACGAACGUACACUUAAUACUGAUAUUUUGAUGGGUCUCUUAAAGGAGGUCUGUAAAAAGAGAAAGGAUUUACAAGUUAUUAUCAUGUCUGCUACUUUAGAUGCAGAAAAGUUUCAAAAAUAUUUUGACGAUGCUCCUUUGUUGUCCGUUCCUGGUAGAACUUUUCCUGUUGAAAUUUUUUAUACUCCUGAACCAGAACGUGAUUACCUUGAAGCUGCUAUUCGUACUUGUCUUCAAAUUCAUUUGAGUGAACCUGAGGGUGAUAUUUUAGUAUUUUUAACUGGUGAAGAAGAAAUUGAGACUGCAGUAAGUAAGAUUAGAGCAGAAGGUGAUGAAUUGAUUCGUAGUCAAGGUGCUGGUCCUCUUAAAGUUUUACCACUUUACUCUUCUUUACCUCCUCGUGCUCAGCAACAAAUUUUCGAGCCUGCUCCUCCACCACGUCAACCUGGAGGUGCACCUGGACGUAAGAUUGUUGUUUCAACUAAUAUUGCAGAAACAUCACUUACUAUCGAUGGUAUUGUUUAUGUCAUUGAUCCUGGUUUUUCCAAGCAAAAGGUAUAUAACCCUCGUAUCCGUGUGGAGUCACUUUUGGUAUCUCCUAUUUCUAAGGCUUCUGCUCAACAACGUGCUGGUCGUGCUGGUCGUACUCGACCUGGUAAAGCAUUCCGUCUUUAUACUGAAAAUGCAUUCAAUCAAGAAUUGAUUGAAGCUACAUACCCUGAAAUUUUAAGAAGCAAUUUGGGAACAGUUGUGUUACAAUUGAAGAAAUUAGGUAUUGAUGAUCUUGUUCAUUUUGAUUUCAUGGACCCUCCUGCACCUGAGACAUUGAUGCGUGCACUUGAACUUUUAAAUUACCUUGGUGCACUUGACGAUGAUGGUGAAAUGACUCCUACAGGUGAACUCAUGUCAGCUUUCCCUCUUGAUCCUCAGUUAAGUAAAAUGCUUAUUGAAAGUCCUAAAUACAACUGUUCAAAUGAAAUUCUUUCAAUUGCUGCCUUACUUUCUGUGCCACAAAUCUUUGUUCGCCCCAAUAAUGCUCGUAAGGCUGCUGAUGAAGCAAAGGCUCAAUUCGCACAUGCUGAUGGCGACCAUCUUACUCUUUUAAAUGCCUAUCAUGCAUAUAAGUCAAAUCAUGAAGAUCCUAACUGGUGUUACGACAACUUUUUAAAUGCAAGAUCCUUAAAGUCAGCAGAUAAUGUUAGAGCACAAUUAAGAAGAACAAUGGAAAAGUAUGAUUUAGAUUUAGUUUCCACUGAUUUUGAAAAUAGAUCAUAUUAUACAAACAUUAGACGUGCUAUUGUAGCCGGUUACUUUAUGCAAGUUGCACAUCUUGAACGUUCUGGACAUUAUUUGACAGUUAAAGAUAACCAAAUUGUACAACUCCAUCCUUCAACAUGUUUAGAUCAUAAGCCUGAAUGGGCACUUUAUAAUGAAUUUGUUUUGACAACUCGUAAUUAUAUUAGAACUUGUAUCGAAGUAAAAGCAGAUUGGUUAUUAGAAAUUGCACCUGCUUAUUAUGAUUUGGACAACUUCCCUAACUGUCAUGGUAAACGCCAGCUUCAACAAAUUGCCAAUAGGAAGAUGAGAUACAAAGAAGAAGAAGACAAAUAUUCAACCAAGAAGAGAAGACAUUAAAAUAUUACUAUUUUACAUCCCGUAUAUACAUUCACGUCCAUUCACUAGUUUUAUUAUAUAUCAUAUGUAAUCUAUUUUUUUUUUCCAAAAUAUAUACUUUUUUUUAAAAAAAAAUGAAGCUAUUUAGAGAAAAAAAAGAAAAGAGCACAGUUUGCGUGAGUCUUGAAGAACUAAUAAAUAAAUAAAUAAACAGAUAUAUAGAUGUUAUCA